AUGGGAAGGUCUCCAUGUUGCGAUGAUUUUGGCAUCAAGAAAGGCCCUUGGACGCCGGAGGAAGACAAGAAGCUCGUCGAGUAUAUUCUAAAGAAUGGCCAUGAUAAUUGGAGGCACCUCCCGAAGAAUGCCGGCCUAAACCGUUGUGGUAAGAGCUGCAGACUCCGGUGGAUUAACUAUCUCCGUCCCGAUAUCAAGCGCGGGAAGUUCACUGAAGAUGAAGAACAGCUCAUAAUUCAACUUCAUUCGCUUCUUGGAAACAAGUGGUCUGCAAUUGCAAGGAGAUUAAAAGGAAGAACUGAUAAUGAAAUCAAGAACUAUUGGAACACACAUCUGAAAAAGAAGCUCAUGCUCAAUGGAAUUGAUCCCAUGACUCAUCGUCGAAGAAGUGAUCUUGACAUACUUGCUAGUAUUCCUAAUUUGAUCACUGCUAGUGCUAAUAUUAAUGUCAGCAACUUGAACACACUUAGAUAUCAACUUCUCCAAAGUUUGGUUCAAUUAAUGUCUUCUAGUUCUUCUACUCCAAACAUUAACUUUCUUGAAUUCCUUGGAUUCUUCAUUCAUUCAAAAUCAUGUCCUCAUGCAAGAUUUGAGCUUGCCUCAACUUUCCAACCAUUAUCAAACUUGUGCCAAUCCAAACUUUCAUCUUCAAACACAAGAAAUCGAUGCAAGUAA